AUGGAAAGAAGAAAUCUCACAGUCAUCAGUGAAUUUGUUCUUCUGGGACUUUCCAGCUCAGCAGAGCAGCAACAAUUCCUCUCUGUUCUCUUCCUCUGUACAUACUUGGUCACCAUAUCAGGGAAUUUCUUCAUCAUCUUGGCAAUUGGCUGUGAACCUCACCUCCAUUCCCCCAUGUAUUUCUUCCUUACCAACUUGGCCUUUGUGGACAUCUGUUAUUCAUCCACUACAGUUCCUCAAAUGGUAGUGAACACCUUGAGAGAUACCAAAACUAUUUCUUUUUCAGGCUGCCUCACCCAGCUCUUCUUCUUCAUUUCUUUUGUGAAUAUGGAUAGCCUUCUCCUCUGUGUGAUGGCUUAUGAUAGGUAUGUGGCAAUCUGCCACCCAUUACAUUACACCUCCAUAAUGAAUCCUCACCUUUGCAUCCAGCUUGUGGCAGGGAUCUGGGUUUUGACCUGCCUCUAUGCCCUCCCACACACCAUCCUAAUGGCACAUCUCUCCUUCUGUGCCUCCAACAUCAUCCAUCAUUUCUUCUGUGAUCUCAACCCACUUCUACAGCUCUCCUGCUCUGAUGUGUCCUUCAACAUGCUGGCCAUUUACACAGUAGGAGCUCUCUUGGCUCUCACACCUUUUGUCUGCAUCCUCAUAUCCUAUUUGCUUAUCUUCUCCACAGUUCUCAAGGUCACUUCAACUCAGGGGAAACAGAGAGCCUUUUCCACCUGUGGCAGCCAUUUGUUAGUGGUGGUGUUAUUCUAUGGCACAGCCAUUGCUGCCUACUUCAGCCCUUCCUCUUCUCAUACCCCUGUGAGGAAUGCAUUGUCAUCUGUCAUGUAUAAUGUAGUGACUCCAAUGAUGAAUCCUUUCAUCUACAGUCUAAGAAAUAGGGAUAUGAAGAGAGCACUCAUGAAAAUUAUUUGUAAGGGCACAGACUUUUAUCAGCAAUAA